CAUUUCGGCGGUAUCGACCAGCUUCUUCACUUCAACAUACGUCCACGGAAAAGCUAAAUAAAACGAAGGAUUGGUAGUAUUUUUCCAACCAUAAAUUUGAUCAUGAAUAAGUAGUUAGUGGUCUUAACGUCUUUCUUGCGUGUCUUUUCACGUACAAUAACGUACUUUGUUCAAGUGAGACCGAAACCCGUCUUACCUGUGCAGUUUUUUUCUCCCGGAAAUGGCUGACACGAAGACCCCUGCCUAUUUGUGUUGUCAACGUGGUGCGAAAACGACGUCAAAAUAACGAAUAUCUGCGUCCCACUGGAGUGUCUGGUCCAGCAAGCUGGCAUCAGCAAAUGUCGCUUUGUCUUGGAGCUUUUCCUUCCACGGCUGUAAAUCGUCACGGGGGGACUGGCUUUCACAGCAAGGAGGUUUUAUGGCACAAGGACUUCCCUUCCAUUCUGCAGGAGAUGUCUGGAGAUUGGUGCAUGAAGCAAUGGCCCCCGGGGAACAAGAGACAGCAGCAGACCCCUCGUCUGGGUCAACUACCUACCCUCGAGCCGGGACCACAUGACCCUCUCUCCUUGUCAAUGGGCUGCUCCUCCCCGCACACAACCCCCAUAAGAAGACGCACAAACAGACCGACUGUGGUGUCACCAUGCCUGUUCCUCCGUAACCAACCCCCACCUCCCCCAGCCUUUCUUCAUACGGUCCCUCCCCUCCCAACACAAGCCUGUGAUGUGACUGUCUCAGAUAAUGAGGUGAGAAUUUUAUUGCGGCCCUCUGUGAUCCUGGCACCAGUCUGCGAGGAUGACAGCGGGCCAAGCGCAACCCCCGCUCUCCCAACCCCCGAAACACCCGCAUCUUGGUGCUGGGCGCCCCCUCUUGGCCGUGGUGUGCUUAGGAAAGCCUUUCGAGCAUUUUAUCCAGUGAUUCUCAAAGUGUGGUGCUGCCUCUAGUGGAACAUGAAAGAUUCACUGCUGUAGUACAGUUCAGUUGUAUUUAGCUUUUUUAGUAUAAUCCAUCCAUCCAUCCAUUUUCUACAUCCCUUAUCCUCACUAGGGUCGCAGGUAUGCUGGAGCCUAUCCUGGCUAACUGCGGGCGAGAAGCGGGGUACACCCUGAACUGGUCGCCAGCCAAUCGCAGGGCGCAUAUAAACAAACAAUCAUUCGCACUCACAUUCACGCCCACGGGGAAUUUAGAGUCUUCAAUCAACCUACCAUGCAUGUUUUUGGGAUGUGAGAGGAAACCGGAGUACCCGGAGAAAACCCACGCUGGCACGGGGAGAACAUGCAAACUCCACACAGGCGAAGCCGCAUUUGAACCCCGGCUCCUCAGAACUGUGAGGCAGAUGUGCUAGCCGGUUGUCCACCGUGCCGCCGAGUACAAUACAUUUUCAUUUAGUGUUUUAUAAUGGGUUUUUUUCAAUGUGUAUUUUGCAAUUUUAUUACCUAAAUUUCUCAUGUUUUGGUGCUACUAAGAUGAGGAGGCUACUAGUGCAUGACACAUGCCUACUCGUGGGUCCCAGUGGUUUACUAGCAAGGUUUAACUACAUACUAGUAAGCCAAAUGUGGCACUUGUAGUGGGGAAAAAAAAUACGAGUAAGAUCCCGUCAUUCUGCUAGUGUACUGAAUUGUCUUACAAGUGAUGACAAAGAGUGUACUAGUACAUGGGCCUUAGGCUGGAUACCAAGUGUAGUGAAAAAAAUGCUCAAGCAGUUUUCCAUAGUGCCCUCCGCUUGGCGCACUUCAAAGUGAGACAUCAAGGGUCAACUUGCGCAUGCCAUGCGGAGAAUGACAAUGCCUGGGCCUCAGCGACGUGCUGCUCCCCAACGACACAAAGGCCCACGGCCCGCUCCCACACUGAGGAGGUGCUCAUUCAACGGCGGGAUAUACAUACAGGAAGGCAGUGGCCUAACUGUCUUCUAUACAGGUGGCGAGGAACAUAGGAAAGGCACCAUGCCACAUUGACAGAUGUAUUGACAGCGCUGUCCCGUUUGACUGGUGAAGCAUUCAUUGAUAAGAAGGAUCUGCCCGAUACGUCCCAACAAUUACCUUUUCCUUGAUCAAGUGGGCUUUAAUCACUGCCUGGCCGUGCGUUUGGUAGCACUAUCCGUGAGAAAUUGACACCCCCCCAACCCCAACAAAAAAGAUUUAUUGAUGGCCGAAAAGCAAAACCUCCUUUCUGAAAAAUUUACUUUUUGAGAAAACUAAAAAAAAAAAAAAAAAAAAAUUGUCUUCUUGCAGAAUGCUAUUUGUCUAGGUGAAAUCUGCCAAUCUGAAAAUCUUAACUCACUACUACGUUUUCCUUGGCACCAACAUGCCACCAGAUAGAGCCAAAACAACUGUUAUUGCUUCAGUCGGAUCACAAAACAAGUCUUGUUUUUCGCUAAAUAACGGGGGAUGGAUUUCCCCUCAAAUAUGCAAAUAGGCAAAUUUGCAAAUUUGCACACAGCUGUGCCACCACGUCCAUCGGGAUUAGUUAUUAUUAUUUAUCUAAUAACGGAACAAUAAAAUAAAAUACAUUAUACUCACCAGAGAUGCUGAUUGUUAAACGUAUUUAUGUGCCAGAUCACUUUAGAUGUGUUUCGCUCGUUAAAAGUUGCUGUAACAAGUUUUGCUCUGACCAACCAAUCAGGGGAUGGAAAAAUGCUGAUGUCAUUGAAGGCCGUAUGAGGAUGAAUUUGAAUGGAGAUUGGUUAAAGAAAUAGUCCCAUAGCUAAUAUAGUUUCAAUUACAUAGGCAAGCCCUACUGAUUGUGAAGGCCUUGGGCAGAUUAGAUUGGCACGGCAACACGUUGAGCCUGAAAUUGGAUUGGAUACAAAAAAUCAAAAACACCCAUCCAUGUACUGCAAGUAGUGCAGCCAAGAACAGAGCAUACAACGAUACUCACAGGGAACCAGUAUAUUCUCUCUGCUGUGGGAAGGACUAUUAGUGCAUCUUAGUAGGAGACCUUCUUUUCCUCUUCUUCUUGCUCUUAAAUUACUCUCCAUCUAGAUCCAGUAUAGAAGUGCAAUGACCUGCGUUUGAUUGGGAUUUCCGUAUUGAAAGUCAGGAUGACACCUAUCCACCCCCAGUGAGAAGCGAAAGGCCGGUCGAGGUGCCCCGCCUCUCAUUUCCUCUGGUGGGCUCUGUUGUCUUUUGUGGAGGGAGCCAAGUGGUGCGGACAAAAGAGGGCGGUGAUACGUGCCAAAAGCGCGGAGAAAACAAACAAACAAGACGGCUAAUCCCUGAUGAUAAAUACACAUCGUCCCAAAUAUCUCAUUUGACGACACAGACAAUCAAAACCAUUUUUUACCACUCAGAAAUCGUAUUAAGUGAAUUUAAUAACUAAACCUGUCACCGUUAAUAAACCUUUUAACUGUAAAAAUGCGAAAAUCCACGGGUAAUUGAUACACAUUCUUAAAAAGGUUUAUAAUUGCCUAUAGAUGCCACAAGAUGGCGCCAAAACAAUAUUUAGAUAAGAUAAUAAUUAGGGCUUUGACUUGAGUAAAAAACAGCGAAUAGGUAAGCCUUUUAAUGAAUAAUCAAGAAGAGGUCUUUAAAUAAAAUAAAAUAAAAACUGCGAAUAGGGGAAUUCGCCGAUGUCAAUUUACAAAUAUGCAGGUUUCACUGUACAUUGAUAGCUUGAAUAAAUGAAUAAACAUUUAAUUAACCCAACUUUAUUUAUGGAGCACUUUAUAAAACAACUAGUGCAAGUGCUGUAAAUAAAUAAGAACUGAACAUCAAACAAUUAAACAAAAAAAAAUAAAACUAACCGUUAAAAAAAUAUGAAAACAACAAUAAUAAUAAUAGAUAAAUAAAAUAUUAAACAAGUCAGUAUAAAUUUAUUCUUUCUAUAAUUAUUGUAUCUAUAAAAUACUGAAUACAUCUCAAUAAAAGCAAAAACAACCAAAUUCAAAUAAAAAAUUGUAAAAAAAAAAAUCCCAAAGAUAGCGCCAAAGCACUUAAAAAACAACGAUAGCUGCAACAAAGUGAUGUACAUGAAUACAAAUCGAACAUAAAAUAAUUUAAAACAGUAAGUGUUGAAA